AAGAAGUGAUAAACAGGGCAGGGGGUUUACAAUACCAUCUAUAGCGUAUUAAAGCAGCAUAAAUUUGGGAUAAAAUGUUCUUGUUUACCAUUACGCACUUAGGCAUAGUUAAAAGGUAAAUAUUCUCAACCAACAUAGAACAGGCCUUUCUGUUUACAAAGAGGCAAAAAGGCGGAAAUAAAAAGCAUCUGAACCGGUUUCCAUGUCAAACACUUCAAUUCUCCAUAGAAACUCUGAUCUUAACGCAGAAACUUUAUUAAACCUUGAUGGUGGAUUGAUAAGGCCGAAUUUCUAUCGCUUCCUUUUUAUUGUGGAGACGGGGAGGGAUGACAGAGGUAAAUUGCUCUUUUAAUUAAACCAUUGCACCGAAGGAAAUUGCUGUCUGAAUAUUGUCUCAGAGAUGGGGCUUGUGACAGUUGCCUGGAAACUUCAAUCUGUCUCACAUUUAUUCCAGAUCACAGUUUUGAGAUAAAGUUUAAUAAAAAUCUUUGCGCCAAUGAAAGCCUACCCUUUCACGUCCACCACCACAAUGCGACAGAACAGUGGAGGAAGCCUUGUGUUUAACAUGUAUCUCUCAGACCCCACAGAAAAUCUUCUGAAGGAAAACAAAAGCCCUUCUUGGACUCCCAUCAACACAGGCGUGCAAAAAGGAAGUGGACAAAUCCAGCUUUGGCAAUUUCUUCUGGAGCUGCUGUCUGACAGCGCCAAUAUGACCUGCAUCAGCUGGGAGGGCACCAAUGGAGAGUUUAAACUGAUAGACCCGGACGAGGUGGCCAGACGGUGGGGGGAGCGCAAGAGUAAACCGAACAUGAACUAUGACAAACUGAGCCGAGCUCUGCGCUAUUACUACGACAAAAACAUCAUGACCAAGGUGCACGGAAAGCGUUACGCGUACAAAUUUGACUUUAACGGCUUGGCGCAAGUGUGCCAGCCCUCCUCAACCGAACAAGCUAUUUACAAAUUCCAGAGUAACUUCGCUCCUAUCCAGUUUUCAGGCAUUUCCAAGCUCAGUCUGGUUGCCCCAGGUGCUGGUCCGUCGGGGUUCUCAUACUGGCCCGGAUCUCCUCCAACCCUCUAUCACAGCCACAACCUGCAACCGCCAGGACCCUUCGGUGCCGUGUCUGCGUCGCAUUUAAGUUGCGUUAACAACAUCAACAGUUUAAAUAACCUAAAUAGGCCUAAUAUCAAUAAUCACUAUAACUGAUUUUUUUUUUCUUUUUUUUUUUUUCUUUUUUUUGCUGGAUAAUUUCUUUUUUUUCUUUUUUUUUUGCUGGAUAAUUUCUUUUUCUUUUUUUUUUUUUGCUGGAUAAUUUGGGAAUGACAUUUGGUGGAUUGGUAAUGUUCAUCACUUUAAGAAAGCAGUUUAGCACUAUGGAAAACAAAUAUCACUUUGUCACUGAUUGAUUCAUCAUUAAAUGGCAUGAACUGCAUUUUUUUUAUUUUAUUAUGUUCUCUGAGGUUCACGUAUAAGUGUGAUUUAAUAUUUUUUU